CGAGGGCCUGGACAAGGGGCUGGACAACGAUGCGGAGGGUGUUUGGAGCCCGGACAUCGAGCAGAGCUUCCAGGAGGCCCUGGCCAUCUACCCACCCUGCGGCCGCCGCAAGAUCAUCCUGUCAGAUGAGGGCAAGAUGUACGGUCGAAAUGAGUUGAUCGCACGCUAUAUUAAAUUGAGGACAGGGAAGACUCGGACGAGAAAACAGGCCAUGAACCUGGACCAGGUCUCCAAGGAUAAAGCCCUCCAGAGCAUGGCGUCUAUGUCUUCCGCUCAGAUUGUCUCUGCCAGCGUCCUACAGAACAAGUUCAGCCCACCCUCCCCUCUGCCCCAGGCCGUCUUCUCCACUUCCUCACGGUUCUGGAGCAGCCCCCCUCUCCUGGGACAGCAGCCUGGACCCUCUCAGGACGUCAAGCCCUUUGCACAGCCAGCCUACCCUGUCCAGCCACCCCUACCGCCGACGCUCAGCAGUUAUGAGCCCCUGGCACCGCUCCCCUCAGCUGCUGCCUCUGUGCCCGUGUGGCAGGACCGCACCAUUGCCUCCUCCCGACUGCGGCUCCUCGAGUACUCCGCCUUCAUGGAGGUGCAGCGAGACCCUGACACGUACAGCAAACACCUGUUUGUGCACAUCGGCCAGACCAACCCCGCCUUCUCAGACCCACCCCUGGAGGCAGUGGACGUGCGUCAGAUCUAUGACAAGUUCCCAGAGAAGAAGGGGGGACUGAAGGAGCUCUAUGAGAAGGGGCCCCCCAAUGCCUUCUUCCUCGUCAAGUUCUGGGCGGACCUCAACAGCACCAUCCAAGAAGGCCCCGGAGCCUUCUAUGGGGUCAGCUCCCAGUACAGCUCGGCUGACAGCAUGACCAUCAGUGUCUCCACCAAGGUGUGCUCCUUUGGCAAGCAGGUGGUGGAGAAGGUGGAGACCGAGUACGCCAGGCUGGAGAACGGGCGCUUCGUGUACCGCAUCCACCGCUCGCCCAUGUGUGAGUACAUGAUCAACUUCAUCCACAAGCUGAAACACCUGCCCGAGAAGUACAUGAUGAACAGCGUCCUGGAGAACUUCACCAUCCUGCAGGUGGUCACAAGCCGGGACUCCCAAGAGACCCUGCUCGUCAUUGCUUUCGUCUUUGAAGUCUCCACCAGUGAACAUGGGGCCCAGCACCACGUCUACAAACUCGUCAAAGACUAGGGUGCUCUCUGCCCCCACCACCACGAUUUACACACCUGCCUGGCACCCCCGGGUCCAGGAUUGAGGACUCAUCCGCCUGCCAGGCCUCAGGCCCAGGACCUAGGAGGCCUCCCCCCACCCCCAGCACACACACUCCCUGCCACUGUUCUGCGCUUUAAUUGUGGGAGAAGAGAGGAGGGCUCAGCGGUGGAGCAGCCUGGCCGGGAUGCUGAACCACCAGCCUGGAAAGAGUGGGAGGACCCCUUCUGGCUCAGGCGUGUGUGGCCACUGGCCCCUCAGGUGGGUGGGGGCAGAAUGGAGACCCCUGGAAAGAGAGUGUCCACUUGGGGUUGGGUUGAGAAGAAGAGAGAGGCGCCCACCUCCCUGGGCUGGCCGUGUGCCAGGCCUGGUGCAGAACGCUCAGACCCUGCAGGGCAAGGGCAGGUCUUGGUGUUUGGGCUGAGGGAUCCGUCGGUGAUGUGGGCAGAGCUGGAGUUCUCACCCAGGCGGCCUGUCCCUGGGCCCAGGUUUACACUACCUCCCCCGAGUGGGGGCGGCCACAGGGUGUGGGAGGCAGGGUCUGCACUGAGGGGCUGGGGCCAGCUGGGUCGGGGACCCACUUCCUCCCAGAGCCCUGCCAGCCUGCCAUCUGGCCAGGCGCUUCGGGAGACUCCUGUGCCGACCUCCAGGCUGCUUGGCCCAGAUCCGGGCCCGAGCCCCGCAACUGGCAGCCCCCGAGAGGCUCCUGCGGGCAGGCCCAGGCUCAGGAACAGGCUAGAGGGUCAGGUAGGAAGAUGGAGUCCCAGUCCCUGGGCAGACCAGUGGCCCAGGGACAAGGUAGCAGAAGGCUAUGGUAUUUUCACCUAACUGGUGCACCCUCGCUGGGCACCAUGCCCUCGUUUUCCCCACCUGCGUCUCUCUGGCUGGAGCAGCAGCUCCCCAGACCCAGUCUGGGACUGAAGGUUCACCCUUACCCUGCUGCCCAUUCCCAACCCCCAGGGCCCUCAACCUCCAGCCUUGUCCUCCAGCCGCCUCUGGGUAUUUAUAAGUUUCAUAUGAAGUACUGUGCCCCUUCCCUUCCUCACCCCGCCCCUGAGCUUCCUGAAGGUCCUCACAGUUUGCAUACCGCUCAGGCCACCUCCAAACCCAACCUAGGUUUUAUAAUGUAUAUUAUAUAUAUUUUGUGUAUUUUUUAAAUCCAGCUGUGAUGGGUUAUAUCAUAAAUGUGGCGUGAGGCUGGGGCAGGAGCCCUCAAAGCCGGGCUCCUGCUCAAAAAAAAAAAUUAAAGUUAUUUGUUUGUGGGUUA